GAGAGAGAGAGGGAGAGAGAGAGAGAGAUCGCGAGAUGUGAUACAGAAGCGAGAAUGACCACGGCCGUGUAUGACCAUCCGUAUUUACUGCGGUGAAAUUUUUGCACCGUCAAAAAGUAGAACAAUUUGCGCCACUAAAAGGCGGAACAUUUGCUGCUGUUGAAAAAUAGAGUCGAUCUAUUCAAGAGCGAAUUUUGCAAACGCGCUCAUCGAUUUCGAGUAUUUUGCCGUUUUUACAUGCGUUUUAUAUCAUCGUUUUUCGCGUCUCGGCAACACUUUAUACACUUUGUAUUCCCGGACAGAGUCUUUUCUUCUUCGAAAAUCCUCGAAAUAUAAUACAGGGGAUGAUUGAUCACGGCGGAAAUUGCGGACCAGUACAAUAACAACGGAAGUAUCCGCGCGGGUGUCGAAGUGCACGCCUCGUGCAGCGGGUCGACCGAUCUGUCAUCGCCAUUGUCGAAUCGCCUAACGGCGGCCCUAAGCCCCCGAAAGGGGUAGUCCCAGAGGGGCAAUAAUCCCCGCGUAGAAAGGCGGGGUGCUCCGUCAGGACGCGUUGCGCCAUUUCAGGUGCGAGCCUCGAGUGCCUCGGCGUGCCUCGAGUGCUUUUACCGUGCGCUAUCCUCGCGAAUCACGCGGCAAAGAAAAGUAUUCAGCGGGACGUGAAAGGAGCCGGUGAUUAAUGAACACGGGUAAUUAAGAAACAUUAAGGAAGGCUGCCGAAGGACUCCUCUAGAUCCUCGUACUAUUCGGUGAGAGCGUGUCGCACCCCGCUGUCCCCUCUCCCCGUCGAGAGGAUCCUCGCCGCGCCGGAGGACAUCGCCGCGGGGUUGGCGGUGGGAGGAGAUCGUCUACCCUCGAGCCGCGACACACGUCCAUUUGAAGCGUAACACUGAAUAAUCUGCACCCCCAUGCAUCUUCCCGGACGAGCGACGAAUGCCGAAUUGUAAUCGACAACGAUAACCGAACGAUAACAAAUCACAGCGGAGGCAACGAGAAAUAUUGCGUGAUCGGGAGAGUGACGGGAACUGCGACAACUAUUAGAGGAAACGAAUUGAUAGAUGUAAGAGGAUAAUGUAAAAUGAUAACGUAACAACGACCCAUCGAAUGCAACAACGUGACUGAGGACAAUAACGCUCAAAGAGAAUAAUCGCAGACAACCACGUGAAAACGACUGAACCAUCGCUGUUCAAUUUGAUACCGUGACAUAAUCGAAAGCGUGACAUAUUUUCGUCACGGCUCGAUCGAAGCAGGACAAUUACGGUGACAAUAAUAAGCGCGAUAACACUUCGCGAAAGUAUUAAAUUAGCGCAAAAGCAGUGAUACAGUGCGGCAAAACGCGGAUUACGAGCGCAGUGGAAGAAGUGAACAUUUGUCAGCCAGAUACUUGAACGUGCUUCGGCAGUUCGGCAGUUCGAUCCGAAAGGAUCCGCGCCCCGAGUCGGGCGGGGAGUGAGCGCGCGCGUGUUUAUUCCGCACGCAGCGAGUCGAGGGACGAGGAGCCGAAAAGUGGUAGGCCAUCUCGGCGUGGAAUGACAAUAAGGGGGCGCCGUACCCGCGGGGUGGUAUUAUGCAGAGGACGACGGAUUUGAGCGUGCCGCCCAAGUGCCCGGCGAAGGUGUCGCAUCCCUUUCGUGGGAUGGCACUCGGGACACUGGCCGAGAUUGCCGUGAGACUCGUGAUUAGCGGCUACAUAUUCGCCGUGAUUGUCUACGUGAACGCCAGCGGCAACUGGGAUAAGGACGAUGACCUAGUGUCCACGUCUAAAGUCAGCGCCGUACUUGGCCGUACCGCCACUUUGCCUUGCGAUAUUGAGCCGUCCACGCGAGAAGAUCGCGUCUACAUGGUACUUUGGUUCCGUGAUUACGCGGUGAAGCCCAUUUACAGUUUCGACGUGCGAGGACGAGCCUUCAACAAGGCCCUAAACUGGUCGGACAGCACCGCCGUAGGGCCCAGGGCCUAUUUCGUCACCGUGACGAAGCCCGCCGCUCUUUCCUUGGAGGCGGUUCAGCUGGAUGACGAAGGGAUUUACAGAUGCCGCGUAGACUUCAAGAACUCCCCGACCAAGAACUUCCAAGUGAAUCUCACGGUGAUCGUGCCGCCGCACCAGCUACUCAUUUAUGACAGCUCCGGGGUACAGGUGGAAAGCGUCGCCGGACCAUUUCAAGUCGGCGUGGAGUUCGGGCUGUCCUGCGAGGUGAGAGGAGGGAAACCCACGCCGGAGGUGAACUGGCUGGUGAACGGCAAGGAGGUGGACGGUCGAGUCGAGGAGUUCGACCAGAGCAUCGUCGUCAGCAAGUUGACGGUGCCGCAACUGCGACGGGAGCAUCGCAACACCACGUACAAAUGCCGGGCGUCCAAUACGCAUCUCAUACCGCCGCUGGAGAAGACGGUGCUCCUCGACGUUUACCUGAAACCGCUUACCGUGAAGAUACUGUCGAAACUAACGGUCAUGGAGACGGAGAAGGACUACUCCAUCACCUGCGAGACGACAGGCUCGCAUCCGCGCGCUCGCGUCACUUGGAUCGAGGGAAACGAGACGUUUCGCAACGGCAAGGUCAUGGAGAGCGGCAACGCGUCGGUGGUUUUGAGCACGCUGAUAUUCUCACCCGUCCCCGACGAUCACGGAAAGAUCUUGAAGUGCCGUGGCGAGAAUCCAGCUCUGCCCGACGCGUACUUGGAAGAUUUCUUCAAGUUGAAUGUCGUCUUUCCGCCUAAGGUACAGCUGCAUCUGGGCAGCACUUUGAACGCGGAGAACAUAAAGGAGGGCGACGACGUGUACUUCGAAUGCAAAGUCCGUGCCAAUCCGGAGCAUCAUAAAAUCACCUGGCGCCACAAUGGCGUCGUGCUGACGCAAAACCAAUCGGCCGGCAUCAUCAUGAGCACCCAGAGUCUGGUGCUACAAAGCAUAGGUCGCGACAAUGCGGGAAAUUACACGUGUCUCGCCAGCAACGAUCGCGGAGAAACGACGAGUCCGAUAGUGAACCUGAGAGUACAGUUCGCGCCAGUUUGCAAGAUGAAGGAAGUGACGAUCAUCGGAGCGUCUCUGGAGGAAUCCGUAAAGGUGCGCUGCGAAGUCGACGCCGAUCCCAGCGAGGUGGACUUCGUCUGGGAGUUCAACAAUAGCGGCGAGAACUUUGAGGUCGCGCCGGCCAAGUUCGACGGCAACAACGGCACCAUGAGCGAGCUCGUUUACACCCCAGAAUCCGAGAGGGAUUACGGCGCUCUGACCUGCUGGGGUAGAAACGCGAUAGGGAAGCAAGAGGCGCCCUGCAUCUAUCAGGUCAUUCCAGCAGUGAAACCAAAUCCCUUAAACAAUUGCACCAUCAAGGCGUCGCUCAAUCAAAGCUCGGAGAUCCUGGAGGUCGAGUGCGUGCCAGGAUACGACGGCGGGCUCCACCAAGAGUUUCGGCUGGAGGCUUACGAAGUUCUCACCGGCAAUCUCCGAGUGAAUGCGUCCAGCGUGUCGGCCGAUUUGCCAAUCUUCCGGAUCGCCGUGGCGGAUCUCCUGCCGGCCACGCAUUUCUACCUGGUGACCUACGCCGUGAACGCGAAGGGCCGCAGCGAAGUGUCACUGCUAGAGGAUAUAAUGCUGCGGGAUUCAGAAAAGCACACGGACACCGGAGUCAGCAUGCUGCCGUUAAUCCUGCUGUUGAUCGGUUGCCUGCUGGCCUUCGGCGCCACGGUGAUCUCGGUGAUGCUGAUGAUGUAUCGGCGCCGCGGAACUACGUCACCCGUCCACAUCGAACCCUACAUGAAACAGCCAAUAAUCACACCACCGGACUCCAGGAACAAUUCGAUGCUGGACGUGACCCACGGUGACCACACGUACUUCGUCGAGUACACGCUGAAGCAGGUCACCGAUUACGCGCUCAAUAAUCAGCCAGAUAUCAUACAGUCGCCGCAAGAUCAAGAAAAGAUCAAACGCGAGCCGCAACUGUUUUUGCCAGUGAGACCAGACACGUUGUUCGCGCCCUAUGACAUUCACAAGCAAGGGCUGCAGACAAACAGAUGCAGCCUAAACCCGUUCUCCGCAAAGUCCUGGGAGCCCAUCAGCUUCAAGACCGAUCGCAACCUGAUGAAGGAGAUCAUCAUCGCCAAUUCCAUACCCGGCCCGGAGAGCUGCGUGUAAACUUGAUCGCGGGGAGUGUAUCGAGACGCAAACACACGCAUACACGCACACGCCCAAACACCCACGUUUACUACAUAUCACAGGACGAUCGAUUUCGGAAGCCCGAAAACUGGUAUCGCGCGCGUCGGUCGAUACCCACGGCGGACGCGCGCGAGUAUCUCAACGCAAAGUCAACGAAUCUCGUGUCUCUCGCUUGUUAACGCGCGCGCCAGUGUGACAUAUCACGAUGACGAUAUCGUAGCAGACAUAUCAGCGUAUAUCGUAGUAUAUCGCGGCGCGCCCACGAUCUACUUCCCGAGAUCAUCUCGGGACUCCGGGAGCUUCGCCGAACGCUCCAGCGUCGAGGCCGGGAAACGCGAGGAAUCGCGAAUCGUCGCGAGGACGAUUUAGUCGCAUAAUUUAACCGAACGCUACACGUGGUGUACUAUUCCAAGUUUAAUAUAUUUUGUGUCAAGUC